AUCACGAAAGUUAUAUAACGAUGUGUUGAUCUUAACCCGAUUCAUUCUUGCACAGUAGGUGCUGAAAGAUGUUGUAUAAUUUGGUUGUGGAUGGUGUAGAUACCAAAGUGACGAUCAACGAAGAAAGUUUGAGGUUUGAAACAAUUAGCAAUGUAGAUAUCAGUUACCGGUUCGAUGAUGUCAUAGGCUGUGAAGAGGAAAUCAUGGGGUGGUUUUGGAGAACGGAAGUGACGCGGGUGUGGCUAAUCGAACAUGGCUCUUCCAACACAUUACUGAAGCAAUCGAGGGUUGUGUCUGGGGACCAAAGAAAACGUUUCCAACACGAUCUAACAGAGAAGAUAGGAAAAGAAACAAAGCGUCCCAAAAGUAUGUUGGUAAUGAUCAACCCGAAGGGGGGUAAUCGUACAGCCACGAAGGAUUUCAGAGAUAUAGUCGAGCCGGUGUUCAGACUUUCUGGAAUGUCCAUGGACAUAAUUUUCUCUAAACAUCCGGGACAUUUAAUUGAUGUUACUAAGAACUAUGACUUUACCAACACUGAUGCGAUCAUACUACUUGGAGGUGACGGGACAUACCACGAAGUGCUUAACGCAUUGAUGAGAAAGAAACAGAAGGAACAAGGCGUUGAUAUUAACGACCCAAAUGCAGCAUUAUCUCCCUUGAACAUUCCAUUCGGCUUGAUCCCAACUGGAUCGGCAAGUCAUUGGUCGAGAAAUUGCACAGGUUCGCGGGACGUUCUAACGACCGCUCUUCACGUCAUUCAAGGUAGAACCGUGACCUCCCCCCUCAUGGCUGUACAUAACAAUGGUAAAUAUGUUGGUUUCGGGUGUUCAGGAGUUGGCUAUGGAUUCCUUCCCAAUGUUUUAUAUCACGGUGAUAGGAAUUUUCGCUGGCUAGGACGAUCCCGAUACACAAUUGUUGCGUUGUGGGUGCUCCUGUUUGAAACUCUUGCACAAUACCAUUACAAUGCCAAACUCACCUUCCAAACAUCAGUCACCGAGCGACGUAACACUGAGACCAACGAGACAGAGAUCUUUGUUGCUGAUAGAAAGCUCACUGGAUACACUUCUUAUACUUCUGAUACAGUGAUCUAUAACCGGAAGUUCUUGGACAUGUUGUUGCUCAACGGUCAUAGCAUCUAUAAUGGGAAGGUCCUGGUAGACGCCUCCAGAAUGUUUGUUCCCAAACCAACAAUGUUUUCUUGUCUUCUUUUAUUCGACACGAUUCAAUCCGUAUCUGUACGAGAGUUUUUGAAGCAUUUUUUUGGAGCGACGUAUAUGGACGAUUUAAGUAGUGUGAUGGAUGUUUUACAUGCCCGAGAACUCAGUGUGGAAUUAUCUGAAAAUCAAGAAGACGCAGAUCAGGAUGUGUCAAUGACAAAGAGAAUAGCGCAACUAGAUGGGGAGAUAUACGAACUGGAGUCACCAAAUUUUCAAAUACGGUACAAACUGGAUGUUGUGCGGGUCUUUUCAAGUUACCUGUGAAGUGGCCCUAAUAUGCUUUCAUAGUUUUCUUGAUAUCUUAAAGUAUCGUUUGUGUAUUUUGUUCUUGCAAAACUUUGUGAACAUUUGCGCUUUAUUGUUUAGUUAAGUAUCCAUUGUCGGAAGUGUCUUAGGACUGAGUAGUGUCUUAGAAUGGUCUUAGGACAUGCUUAAAGUAAUUCCGGAAAAGCACGAAUAAUGUUUGUCGGGUUUAAUUUUUAACCAUUGUCCAUGAAUUGUCAUUGAUAUAACGAUAUUCGUGUACGUUCCCAUCUGUGCGUCUUUAUUCACAUGUAAACAAGCAAAUAAUAGAAAGGGUAAAUGUGCUUACGUAAAAACAAACGCCAAACAAUUAUUAACACACAAUAAUGGUAUAUUCAUUUUAGUUAAUUAAUUUUAGUUGAAGAUAUUGUUUGUCUUACUUCUAAAUUCAAGAAGAAAACUAUAACUAUUUAUUUUCACCUCACAGUGUAAUAAUUGAUCAUUUUUAAAAUCCCAUGCAACUGAAGUAGAUUACCAUGUAAGAUAAUUGAUAUAAAUGAUUAUUGUUUUCCGGAAUUAAAUUAGAAUUGGAUUUUUUCCCCAUUUCUAUUUAUUAAACUAAAGGUAACUUCACUUUUUUGUUUGAAAAUUAAUGUCAUAAUACUUUUUCAUCUGUAAAAUGGUUUUAAAAAUAUGAUAAUCUUGUGACAAUCCUGUCCCAUUUUCAAAGGACAAUCCUAAGACAUUUUGAUUUACAGUUUUCCUAAGAUUUGUCCUAAGAUAUAUCUUCAGAUCAAUCUUGGCAUACUUUCAAAAAUCAGGCCCGUUAUUGAGGUGUGUUAUCUUCAAUGCAGAGCAUCUUUUGUUAUUUUUAAUUGAUGCUUUUUGAAAACUACAUGUGUGUAUUGUACUAUGUCGAUUUCUUUUCAUAUUCUCAGAAAAGAUGGUUAUCAAUUCAAUUCGAUCUAUUUUGACGAAUCUUUUUCUAAUGAAUCAUGAGUUUUUGCUAAUUUUUGCAAUCUUUCUAGUAAGCAAUUUGUCCGGGUCAGUCUUCAGAAACUUUAUUACGGACGUUUCUACGCCAAUCAGUUGGUUUAUCACCUGGACAAGGAUUAUUGCGGUGAUUACUAUCGGUUUUCUGCGGAUCGUAUUACUAUCAUCAAUAACAUUACUUCUAUCUAGCAUUUGUGUAUGUCCCUUCUCCAAAAUUUUACAGAUAAUCGGAAGCCUUUUAUCAUGCGACACCUAUAGCAAAGCAUUAUCCCUGUUUGGGAAAGGGCAACCAUCACUUAACAAAAUGCAUUCUUCAUCGUACUCAGGGGUCCAUGUUUGCCCAACUCUCUAUUUUUUAUUGCUUACAGGAGUUAUGAGAUUGAUCACUGUUCGUUAUCUUAAUCUGUCAUCAUCAGAAUUUUCCAAGUACCCAAUGGUACAAAACGCAAAUGCAUAUGUAUAUAGAUAUUGCGAUAUCAUGGGAUCCUAAUUUGGUUUUAUACUAUAUAGAACUUGCUUUGAGCCACGGAGAUAGACAAAUUAACCUUAAGACUUUUCCUGCAAUUCUUGAUCACGUUAUAAGUUGUUUUCAUAACACAGAACUGUUUGCCAGCUUUCUUUAUCAUAAAUCCGUGAAUUUCAAAA